AUGGCAAGAACUAGGAGCGACGGUAGUGGUGGUGCUAACAGAAGAGAAGGUGAAACAUAUAACCCACGAGACAACCGUGAUGCAUUCAUCGGACGAUUAACUGAACUAGUAGAAAGACAAUCCCAUCAAAUCCAACAACUUAUUCAACAGAAAAAUGCAAAUGGGUUUUCAAGAGAUGUUGAAAAUCAAAGGCCAUACCAGGCAGGACCAGUCGAGAUAGUUGGAGAAAGAUUCCGAAAAUUAAAUCCACCUAUUUUCGAGGAUGCUGCAGAUCCAGUAGAAGCAGAAGAUUGGUUGAGAACGGUGGAUAACAUGUUCCAAUAUAGCAAAGUUUCUGAGGAGGAAAAUGUUUUGUGUGCCUCUUUUAUGUUACGUGGUAGUGCUGGACAUUGGUGGGAUACAAUCAAGUGUAUCGAAGGUGUGACUACCAUGACAUGGGACCGAUUCAAGGAGCUCUUCAGAAGCAAAUAUUUUACACCUCCCAUAAGAGCAAUGAUGAUGAACAAGUUUAUACAACUGAGGCAGGGCGACAUGACAGUUGCAGACUACAUCCGCAAAUUCGAACAACUCUCAAGGUUUGCGGAACAUAUGGUUAGUACUGAUGCUUUGAAAAUAGAUCGCUUCCUCGAAGGUUUGAAACCAGAAGUUUAUAGAGACGUUUGCAUGGCAGGGGUACAUGGAUCUACUUACUCACAAGUAGCUGAGAGAGCUCUUAUUGCUGAGCAAGCAGAACUGGAAAUAAGGAACGCAGUGGAAACUAGACACCAACUUGUAUAA